UCAUUCAUCGCUACCUACGUCAUAAUCCGCUUACAUGUAUAUCGGCUAAGUCGCCGAUACAUGACAUACUCAACUUGUCUCUAAUGACCACGACAACCUAUCAACCGCAGACAGCACCAAAGACAGCUUAUUAAAUUCGGAAACCCUAAUCAAAGGUACAAUUACUGACGCCUACAAAUUCCUGGCAUCCAGAGCUUGUACGUGAGCAAAAUCCCCCUCACCGCACUUCCACGCACUCUUUCUUACACCAACAUUCAGGUACGAGCGUCCUUCUCUAAAACACCCACUCACAUUGAGCUAAGUAUACAACCCCGUUUUCAGCCCACAAUUUCAGUCUAACCCCCGACGCGGCAGUACACGCACGCUCCCUCGACAAUAAAUUUAAAAAAUCGACAAUAAUUUUGAAAUUCGAACGCGCUUUAAAAAUCGAUGUCUGAGCCGGCGAUGAUCGCUUGACGUUUGUUUUUUUUCGAGGAUUUUGUUGUUAAGUUGGACAGUUGACAAUAAUAAUUGACUGAUUGAUUGAUAUUGGAUUGUAUUGUAUUGUAUAUAUUGUAAGCCACAGUGCGAGUGAGCGAGGAAACUGUCGUCGGGUACAACAGGUACGCCUACACGACAUUGUCGAGUUCGCCCAUUUUCCGGGGUACGCUUGGUGGGAGUAGGUCUACUUAUAUUUUUCAUACAAAGAGGAUGCCGUGGUACUGGCGCUUGUGGGGCGCUCUGUUGUGCGCGUACGCCGUGCUUGCGCAGCGCGACAACGACGGGCUGCUCCCGCGCGGCUCGCGCGUGCGCGUGAGCGAGCCACCCAAGAGCGACGAGCCCAGCUGCGACCAGCUCAAGGCUAUGUGGAGAUUUUCGAAGCGGCAAGCGCGGGCGCCGGAAAUCAUGAACGAAGUGAAUUCGUACCGCGACCCGCUCAUGUACAACGAGUGGCCCGCGUACACUGCUCUCCCGAGGGCGGCGCCGAGGUUCAGAUACCAGUACCCGUCAGUGCCCCGUGAGGCGUUCGGGCGAGUAGUCACCAAAGCGCCGCCGAACGUCGUCCGCACGCCCGACUAUGAUGAGAUGUUCGGGAUGCUCAACGUGCCACACACCUCGGGGAAGAUCCUGCGGUACCCCGGCCCGUCGCGGCCCCGAGGGCCAAACUUCAUGGUACCACCGCAGAGAGAUAGGUUCGAGGCCCUGAAGAAGCUGAUCAGACAAGAGCACGUGCGUGAGCUGCAGAGGAAAUACGAGACGGAACAGAAACAGAAGGAGCUGGCUACGGGGCGCAGCAGCAAUGACGAGUACCCGUACUAUUACGGAGAGCAGGAGCAACGCGGGCUACAGAACCUCCAAGCGGAGUACGGAGACGAUCCCAGCACCAGGCACAACAAGAAACCGCAAGGCGGCAGCCGCCAGGUGUCGCAGUUUUCGCGCUACUCGGACGUGAUGCUGCCCCCCGCGCGCCGCUCCUACCACCCCUACCUGGACUACGUGCCCCUGCCCUACGCGUACUGAACUUCUAGAUCCCUCUAGAACUCCACAUUCCACGGGGCUUCCCCGCAACGUACAACACUCGGGCUUUAACUCUUUCCCAUAUCAGGAGCAUAUCUUCGCCGCUUCGCGAGCUUGUCUAGCUAACCCGCAAUAUUUUUAUAUUUAUAAAUACCGUUGCGAUGUAGAUACGCAAUCUUUCCAUUUUAAUAUACCCUUUUUGAAUAAUCAAGUAUUUUUCGAUAGGUUUAAGGUCUUGGAAUUUACUCAGCCGCGCUAGGCGGCCGUUAAUCUUAUAUUGUAUACAGGACUUCCAAACGACAAUAACGGCACGUUAUAUACAGGUGCAAUUAACGUUUUAUCCGUCAAUUCCCUAUUGUAACGAAUUUGACAAUAAAAAUCAUAAAAUGGAAUUAUCUGACAAUAAAUCUGUAUGUUUUACAAUCGGUGUUUAGAGUUUAAGUAUUAGAAGAUUUAACCUUAUUAUAUUAAGGGAUGAUAAUGGAAUAUUCGGCAGCAGCCGCCGCUCACAAUUGGAGCAUUUGUAAUCUUAUUAUGUUUUCUACAGUCGCGAACUUCGCGCAAUGCUUUUUUUAAACUAGGAGGAACAGUCUGAGCCCGACGGCCUCAUACCUUGAUCUCUGUUCGAGCUACACGCUCUUCUGUAUCCUAUAAGUUAAGAAACAUGACUAUUUUACUUGUAAUUUGUGGCUGUAGUAAUAGCCCGUUAAUUAUACGUAUAUUUAACAAUUUAUGUACAUAUAUUUUUUGUAAUAUUAAUUCGUAAUACGUACAUGUUUGUUGCCCACUAAAUUGUCUCAGAUAUUAUGAAAUGUCAACAACAUAUACAACUAAUUCCUUGAAGUACCUAUUAAAUCCAUAAAAAUUCAAUAAAUGAAUAGUCCAAAUCCAUUAAUUCCCAUAGAUUCUUGAAAUAUAAUUCCAUAAUAAAUAACUGUGAAGCAUAUAUAAAUUAAUUAUUUAAAGUACUGUAGUUCUUUAACGUUUUACCAGUAUAAUUUAUCGUUGUGAUUAGAGCUAAGUAUAUCGUUACCUUGUAUAAUAUCCCAAAAGCCUUCAAGACGGCUAGUCGGUCCCAGUGACUUAAAUGCAGGAACAUCCUCUUCUCGAGCAUAACAGUACAAUCACAAUUUGCCAGUUUUUAAAUGGCAAAUGGUUUGUAUUACAUAUUGACAAAUCAAUUGUCGAUUUGUAAUGUUCGAGAAACAGUCAAGGAAUUCAAUUUCAAUUCCAUAUCGUACCUUGUCACAGUGACAAUAGAAUGAGGUCCCUAGCGGAAAUGGUACGGAAAUUUAAUUAUUUGACUGUACUUACGUUUAGCUCCGAGGUCCGACACAUAAAUGCUUUAACUACAAUUAAAUGUUUCAUGUUUAUUGUAAUAGUAAAUAUUGUAAAUUAGCAAUCGGCGCUUCGUGCGAGUGCAGCUUUUUUUAGUAUCUGUGUAUCCUAGGUGUAGAUGAACGCAGCCUAAGGUGACGUUUAAAAAUUAAUCUACUCUGUGGAAUGUACUGUAAUAUAAGGUCACGAUGGCUAACCUCAUCGGACUUACAUUACAAAUUGUAAAAGUCCUAACAAAAUUAAAAUGCAUGUAUUAUGAAACGCUCAUGUUUAGUUGGCAUGAUUCCUAUACCGUUUUUCGCACUGAAAGACAAGGCUGUAAUCUAAGGAAGUUGUUACCUAUUUGUGUACUAUAUUUAUUAUUAUAUCUAUCGACUUGAUAAGUAUUGACGCGAUACGUCGAUUAACCUCACAGACUAUGAAAUUUGGCUUUAAAAUAUAUUACACAUGUAUUAUGGCUUUAAGCGAGUCAAUGAAUUCAUUAACUUCUAUUUAUUGUGGCGAGCUACAGCUUGGCCGCGCUCGGCUCGGUCGGCUCGACCUCAAGGCUCGGCUGAAGGCUCAGCUAAAAGCUCAAAAGCUUGACCAGGUUCGGCCGAAUACAGCUCGGCCCGGCUACGCUCGGCUAUCCUAUAUGUUACAACUAGCGAAACAUUAUUAUAUAAUUUUCUAACAAUAUUCUGUAGAGUUUUACAAAUUAUUUUAUUGUCUUUUAAAACAUAUUUAGUAGUUAGCGUAUAAUACAAAUGAGUAGUGUUUAUUGAAUGCGUAUUGCAAUUUGAAUAGAUGUUUAAUUAUGUAAUAUCUUGAACAUUUCGGUAAGAGUAGGUUUCGCAGUUUGCAAUGGCUGCGUUGUGCUGACGUCACUUCAGAUAGAAAACUGCACAUUUUGUCUAUACCGAGUACCCCUUAUAAUUAUGGGAACUUUAAGGCCGAGAAUAUUUAAAAGAAUAACGUAAAAACAUUUUUCACUUUGGGUGAAUGACGGCUUAUAUCAAACCGCAUUCAUACAAACAUACACUGCGAUUGCGUUACGUUAAAAGAAAACACAGUGACGUCAUUUAUUUGACAGACUUGCGAAAUAUGAAGUAGCAUAUAAAAUAAUCAUAUCAUAUGACGUAUAUCAAUAUACAAUUAUAUCAAGAACGCGUGUGUUGGUAAAAAAAUCACAAUAAAAAUAUCUAAAAAAAAACUGAUAUUCCGUUCUCUUGGAUGUACUACCCGUGUACCCUAGAUCUGGAAAGGAUUGUAUAACAGCCUAUCUCUGUAUAACUGGACAAAAAUAAAUUAGCUAUUUAAACAUAGAUGUUACUCUAAAUAUCCAGUGCGGUCUUGACAAGGAGACAAUAAUGUAAAAUGACAAUAACUCAAAGGGAAACCUUUGCUAGUAUAAGAUCUUGUACCAGACCGCCACUGUCGAAUAGAUAUACACGUAACCUAUCCAUAAUACUUAAUGUUUUGAAAUGUAACUAUAUUAAUUGGUGGUUUUUUUGAAAAUAAAGAUAGUUACUCCAGA